AUGGCUUUGCUUAAAGCAGGGUGUAGCAGGAAACUCUUAAUGGACUCACCUUUUGUCAGAAGUCAGAAAAUGUUUUUGAAUUUGCUUUUCUUUUCAGCUUUAGUCAGAAGUCAGAAAAUAUUUUUAUACGCAUGGGAAUCUUUCUUUGUUAAAAAACAGUUUCUCUUUAACUAUUUCAUUUUCUUCUUAAAUCUCUGCCAAGCUCUUAGAGUACCUUCUUUGUAUGCUACAUUGAGGGAUUUGGUGGAGGCUCUCUGGAGGAUAUCAUUAGUUUCCAAAUAUGGUUCUGCUGGUUUUGAUAAGGAAACCAAAGCUCCUAAAUCUCUCUACGAGAAGUGGGCUGUUGGUGAUUGUGCUGCAACUCUUCAAGGAGGUGAAGCCUGGAACUUAGGCUUGGAUAGACGCCUUCUGCAGACUCAAGUAGAUGAGGUAUGUUCUCUACUAACUGGUAUUGUUAUGGGUGAUAAUUCAAUCAAAUGGAAUAUGGAUAAGUCUGGUAUCUUUCCGGUUAGCUCUGCCGCUACUUCUAUAAAUGGAUGGACAAUUUAUUAUCACUUGGCAUUGGAAUAUUAUCAACAGUUCAAAACAGGAGGCCAUGGGAUAACAGUGAUGGCCGAAGAUGCAAAACAGGUUGACGAGUUUAAAGUUGGAGUUGAUUCGGAUGUACCCGAGGUUAAGGCUUGCCUGACUUCCAUAAACAUGGCUCUCGCUGACCUGAAUGCAUCAACUGGCAAGAGAAGAUUGUCUUUCCAUUUUAGGAAUUCUAAGGAAGAUAUAGUAGAAGCAGCUUCUGCUGGGCACUUUGCAGCUAUAUAUCUGAUAAGAAAGAAAGGAGUGCAAGCUAUCAUUGGACCAACAACAUCAGCACAAACUGUUUACAUGAUGCACCUUGGAAACAGAUCUCACGUUCCAGUUAUCUCUUUCAGUGCAACAAGUCCUUCUAUUUCGCCAGUUGAAAAUCCUUAUUUCAUUCGCACAACACUAAACGAUUCAUCUCAAGUGGGCGCUAUUGCUGCCAUUGUUAAAUAUUUUGGAUGGACAGAAGCUGCACCUCUUUACGCAGAUACCGAAUAUGGGAAAGGUAUUAUUCCAUAUUUGGUAGACGAGCUUCAAAAUAUCAACACCAGAGUUCCUUAUAGGAGUGUAUUUCCAAGUGCAGCUACGGAUGAGCAAAUAGACGAUGAACUUAAUAGAUUAAUAAGAAUGCAAACUAGAGUAUUCAUUGUGCAUAUGACCGCGCCACUCGGAGUGCGUAUUUUUGCUAAAGCCAAAGAACUUGAUAUGAUGGCUGAAGAGUACUGUUGGGUAAUCACGGAUGGAUUGGGCGAUUACUUAAGUUCAUUUAGUAAUUCUGUUCUUGAUACAAUGGAAGGAGUAAUAGGCAUAAGACCCUAUGUUCCAGAAUCAGAAAAGCUCAAGUCAUUUAGAGUUCGGUGGAAAAAAAGGUUUCAACAAGAGCACCCAAAUAUGAUGGACAGGAAAUUAGAUAUGUUUGGCAUAUGGGCAUAUGAUACGGUUGUGGCAUUAGCCAGCGCAGUUGAGAAACUUGGAAGUCUUAAUCCUAAAUUCAACAAGAGAAAUCUAACAGCUUUAGAUUCAAGCGAUGUGGAGAGAAUGUGCGUUUCGCAAAUAGGCCCUGAACUGUUGGGAAAAAUUUCAAAUAUCACACGCAAAGACGCCAUGAGUGGGACAUUCAAUAUCGUCAAAGGGCAGUUGCAGAACAAUACCUUUGAAAUACUCAAUGUCGUUGGAAAUGGGUAUAGACAAAUUGGAACAUGGACACCUUCAGAUGGUAUUAUAAAUAAUACUCCUGGCACAAAUAAAAGCAAAACAGCAGAUACAGGUAAUUUAGGCACUAUUAUAUGGCCUGGAGAUCCAAAGUGAGCUCCAAAAGGUUGGGAAAUCCAAACAAGCGGGAGAAAGUUACGAAUUGGGGUUCCAGUAAAAAAAGGUUUUACUGAAUUCUUGAAAGCAACACUGAAUUCAAGUGAUGUUAGUGGUUACACUGUAGAAGUGUUUAAUGCUGCAGUAAAUAAUCUGGGCUAUGACGUUCCGCAUAAAUUUAUUCCUUUUCCUAUUAAUAACAAGAGCAAACCUGGAAGUUACGAUGGUCUUGUACAACAAGUGAUUGAUCAGAAAUUUGAUGCUGCGGUUGGAGAUAUUACUAUCACAGCCAAACGAUCAAAGUUUGUUGAUUUUACAUUACCGUAUAAUGAAGGUGGAGUUUCAAUGAUUGUGUUAGCAAAACAAGAUUUGAGUAAGAAUGCUUGGAUAUUCCUCAAGCCAUUAGAGUGGAAACUUUGGGUAACAACAGGUGCUUUCUUUCUUAUCAUUGGUGUUGCAAUUUGGAUUCUCGAACACAGAGUGAACCGCGAGUUCAGAGGAGGGCCACAUUCUGCUUACCAGUUGGGCACAAUGCUUUCGUUCUCCUU